AUGGCGCGAGGAGACGCCCCGCGGGACAGCUACCACCUGGUGGGCGUCAGCUUCUUCGUCCUGGGGCUGGGCACGCUGCUGCCCUGGAACUUCUUCAUCACCGCCAUCCCGUACUUCCAGGGACGGCUCGCAGGGGACAACAGCACCGCCGUGACCCUGGGCACCAACCACACGGGCCCUGUAGACACCUUCAACUUCAACAACUGGGUGACGCUCCUGUCCCAGCUGCCCCUGCUGCUCUUCACACUCCUCAACUCCUUCCUGUACCAGUGCAUCCCUGAGUCGGUGCGGAUCCUGGGCAGCCUGCUCGUCAUCCUGCUGCUCUUUGCCCUGACGGCGGCGCUGGUCAAGGUAGACAUGAGCCCCGGGCCCUUCUUCGCCAUCACCAUGGCCUCCGUCUGGUUCAUCAACUCCUUCUGUGCAGUUCUGCAGGGCAGCCUCUUCGGGCAGCUGGGCACCAUGCCCUCCACCUACAGCACCCUCUUCCUCAGCGGCCAGGGCCUGGCUGGGAUUUUCGCUGCCCUUGCCAUGCUCCUGUCCAUGGCCAGCGGCGUGGAUGCCCAGACCUCCGCCCUGGGGUACUUCAUCACGCCCUGCGUGGGCAUCCUCCUGUCCAUCGUGUGUUACCUGGGCCUGCCCCACCUGGAAUUUGCCCGCUACUACCUGGCCAAGAAACCAUCCCGGGCCCAAGGUCAGGAGCUGGAGACCAAAGCUGAGCUCCUCCAGGCUGAUGAGAAGAACGGGAUUCCCACCAGCCCCCAGAAGGCAGCCCUGACUCUGGAUCUCAACCUGGAGAAGGAGCCAGAGCUGGAGCCAGAGGAGCCGCAGAAGUCGGGGACACCUUCUGUCCUCGUCGUCUUCCGCAAGAUCUGGCUGACGGCGCUGUGCCUUGUGUUGGUCUUCACAGUCACCCUGUCUGUCUUCCCUGCCAUCACAGCCAUGGUGACCAGCUCCACCAGUCCCGGGAAGUGGAGUCAGUUCUUCAACCCCAUCUGCUGUUUCCUGCUCUUCAACGUCAUGGACUGGCUGGGCCGGAGCCUGACCUCUUACUUCCUGUGGCCAGAUGAGGACAGCCGGCUGCUGCCGCUGCUCGUGUGCCUGCGCUUCCUGUUCGUGCCGCUCUUCAUGCUGUGCCACGUGCCCGGGAGGUCGCGGCUGCCCGUCCUCUUCCCCCAGGACGCCUACUUCAUCACCUUCAUGCUGCUCUUCGCCGUGUCCAAUGGCUACCUGGUGUCCCUCACCAUGUGCCUGGCGCCCAGGCAGGUGCUGCCACACGAGAGGGAGGUGGCCGGCGCCCUGAUGACCUUCUUCCUGGCCCUGGGGCUCUCCUGUGGGGCCUCCCUGUCCUUCCUCUUCAAGGCGCUGCUCUGAAGGUCUCCUCGGGCUCUCCCGGCGGUGUUCCCCGCUGCCCAUCCACAGCAGCCGCCCAGCACAGGGGGAACGGUGGGCCCGGCUCGAGCCUCUGCUGGGCCGUGGUCUGGGGGUGCCAGGAGGAGGUGGGCUUUGCUCUCCUUCCCUGGUGGCUGGCCACUUGGGGUGCUACAGGGAAGACUUGACCAGGUGAGGGUCAUGCCGGCCCUCACCCAGGAAUGGCGCUGACACACACCCCUCGCAGGAAAGGUGUUGGCCGAGGACUAGAGGGCCCAGGGGCCUCGCCUUCCUCCCCAUCAGGAAGGAACACGCCUGCUAAUCUCAAGAAAGCCCCUUGCUGGUCACCGGGGAUCGGAGGCCCCACCCCGGCCCCGGCGCCUGGCUGAGGUGUGGUGGGCAUGGCCCCACUUUCAGGUUCAGAGCAGAAGUGGGGGCCAGCCAGGGCAGGAUCGCCCUUCUCACUGACCCUCGGAUCCCAGGGAAGAGGCUGCGGGGAGCUCCAGGGCAGCGGGGGCGGGAAGGCCUGGGACCUGCCCAGAGGACUCCCCGGGCCUCAAGCAGUGUUUUCGCUUUGCCAAGACAGACUGUCUCCGCUCACCAGGGCCCCGCAGCCUGCGGGGUUACAGUUUGCAAAGCCCUUCACACCCAGCCCCACGCCUCAGAUUUCCUUGGAGGAGCCAGGCAGGGACUGUGCUCCCUCCUGGAACAGUUGAGGAAACCAAGUCCAGGGAAGCUACUGGUCCACGGCCGAGCCAGGACCCAGCACCCCUCCCACUCCCGUAGGUGCUGCUCUUCCGCCUGCUCCGUCUCUCCUUUCCUCAGGGACUCGGGCAGGAGCCCCACGCACCUACUUCACCUUUUUGCGGUUUUUCCUUUUGACCUGGGUCCUGGGUCUAAUAACAGCCUUCUUCAUUUGCAUCACGAGU